CAGAUGGGACUUGGCAAGACAAUUCAAGCAAUAGCAGUUGCAUAUUACUACAAAGCUGAGUGGCCAUUGCUAAUAAUUGUACCAGCUUCACUCAAGUUUUGUUGGAUUGAAGAGCUUGAAAAGUGGCUGCCUGAUAUUUUGCCUAAUCAAAUAAAUCUUAUUCACUGUGGAACUGAUGCUAGGUAAAUUUAGUUUUUUUUUGUAAAUAAAUACAUUUGUAGCAGCUAUUUAAUGCUUUAAAAAAAAUUAGUUUAGAAAAUUGGAUGGAAUCUAAUACCAAAAAAUGGGUAUUAUUUAUAAAUUAAACAAAACAAAGAGGAAAAGCAAAUAAGAAGAAAAAUGUGAUAAAAUAGUUAUGAUUUAAAGAAAUUGUGCACAUUUGCAAUUAAUAAAAAAAAAAAGAAAAGAUGUUUGAUCUUCUAAAACCUUGUAAUUUCAGUGGCAUAGCAAACAGCUUAAUUACUAUUGUCUCCUAUGGUCUUCUGAGACAUCCAUCCAGUAAAGUAAUCAAGGAGGCAGUGGAGGCACAAAAGUUUAAGAUAAUCAUCUGUGACGAGUCUCACUACCUUAAGAACAACAAAACAUUAUCAUCAAAAACAAUAAUUCCUUUAUUGAAAGCAGCCAACAGACGAAUUUUAUUAUCAGGAACUCCAGCUCUGUCUAAGCCUGUUGAGGUUAGAAUAAUUUUUUUUUUUUAAAAGGCUGUUGUUUUAAAAUAUGGGCUAAUCCCUGAAGUCAAAAUGCUGAACACAUACCACCCAAAAAUCAAGGACACAGCACCGCCAAAACACAGUAGUUAAGCUAAAAUAUGAUGUAUAGUAUGUUUUAAAUCAUCAUCUUUAGUUUAGCAAUUAGCAAUCUUUGCCUCUUUUUUUUAUUAUGUCUGAAUUGAGUUUUAAAAAAAUUGAAAGAGUCUUCUCAUAACAAACAGAAAUAUCAAAUAAAUAUGAAUGUAAUUUUUUAGAUCUCUAUUCCUAUAAAUGUUUGGGGUACAUCUCAUUUUUGAUUGCUGGAGAUAAUAAAGUUAUAUUUAUGUGGGUUUAAAUGCUCUCAUUUCUGUUUGAUCAGCUUUACCCUCAAAUAGAUGCCAUUUGUCCAGGGAAGUUUGGGACAUUUUGGCAGUUCACAGAUAGAUAUUGUGAUGCUCGGACUGUUUUCUUUGGAAAGUUUAGAAAACGACAAUUUGAGUAAGUAAUGGCCAAUAAAAUUCAACAAAAAAUAAUUUCUGGAAAAAGCAACAAUUUCACAACAAGCUUAAAAAUUGGAUUUUUAAAAAACCUGUAAAUUAGUUUAUUUAUGAACUUUAUUGACCAGAAUAUGAAAAGAAUAGUUAUACAUAAUUGUUUUGUUUCCAUCUCUUUUAAUUUUCAGUGGUGCAAGCAACCUUGAAGAACUGCAACAAAAGUUGACCAGUAUGUUGAUGAUAAGGAGGGAGAAAAGUCAAGUCUUAACAGAGCUGCCGCCUAAGCAGAGGCAGCGAGUCUUAUUUGAACUGAAAGAAUCAGUUCUAAAAAAGGUUAGGGAAUAACAUUAUUCCAGUAAACUUAACAAAUGUCUAUUAUGUACAACAAAUUAGUAUAAAAGAACAUCUGUUAACUCUUGCUUACUGUGUGUGUAUAUAUAUAUAUAUUGACUUUCAAAACUGGAUUGGGAAGCCAUAGUGCUCAUAAAUUGGCUUUGCUGUAAUAAGUCUUAAAGCAAUAAUUAGUUCCAAAGCUCUUUCUGUUUGAACAAACGUGUGAGGGUUAGUAUUACACCUUGUUUCAAUUCCUUACUAGAUGAAUGAGAUACACAUAUGAUAUUAUUAAGUUAGAGGGAAGUGAGAAAGCAAACUUAAUCAGUCUCUUUCAAUGACAACCAACUUAUCCAUCAUAAGAUAUGUUUUUUAUUUCACUGCUCCUUUAAUUAUCAAUGGAAAAAAAAUUGCCCUAUAAACUUGAUUGAGAUAUCAAGGUAAAAAAAUCCAAAUCAACUCUAUAGAGCAGUUUGAUUUGGUUUUUUGGUAAUUUUUAGUCAAGAAAAUACUCUUCGUUGUUUCAUAGUUCAGAAUUCAUUCUAAAUUCUGACAAAUCUCAAUAGGAAAAGUAAUAUAAACUAAAUAUAAAUUGUAAUUUAGUCUUAGUUACAGCAUUCAUUUUCUUAACUUCAAAUGUUGUCUUGUAGGAAAUACUGGAUAGUUUUGCAGAACUGAGGAAAAAAAUCAGAAGGGGAGAUAAAGAAGUCAUGAAGAUUUUGGAGACUGAUGAAUUACGCUCAACUGACGGGGAAAUGCAUGAGACGGAAAAUGCUAUUGAAAAAAAGGAUGUUAAUGUAUUCAGGGAAAUAUCCAAACUCUACAAACUUAGUGGGGAUGCCAAAGUAAGACUUUUUCGUUAAACUCUCCAUCCGUCUGGGGUCUAAGAAAACUUGAAAUGCUCCUUUAAAUAUUUAGUUUUUUUAAACUUAUAUUUUAAACUGUUAUUGUGUACAUCAUCUAAUGUGUGUCUGUGGAUAUGUUUAGCUUUUCAUUUGACAAGUAGAAAAACGUACGAUAUGUUACACAAGUGUUGAAUCAUUUUCUUUUCAUUCUGGUUUUCCUGGUUGCUAUAACCAUUUUUCUGGAAAAUUGCAGCUUUUUGCUCAAUACCAUGUUUGUACCAAGAUGUGGGACUAAAUUACAGUCAGAUUACGUUGUGUUAUUUUGUGACUGUUCAUGGCUUGUAUUUUGUGGUGGGUAUCUGCGAGUGUAUUUACAUUCUGAAGUCAAUAAUGUCUGUCUGGUGAUUGGCGGAUGUGAACAAAUGAUUAAAUGUGUGUGUAAAUUUUUGUGAGGAUCAGAGAGUGUAUUGAGAUUGUUUUUUAGAACGCCAUGUUAGGAAGAAUGUUUUGAAAUACCUUUUGUGAACAGCAUCUUAAAAAGUAGAGUAUUUUAGUGUGAAUCAUUUUGAAAAGUGUAGUUGAUAUUUCUUCAGUUUACUUCCUGUGAAGCCAGGCAAAUUAAGAAAACCUGAAUUAACUUUCAAAAUGCCCUGUGUUAGAUGAUCAUACGUCAACCAAUUAGAGGCUAGAGAGUUGCAUUGUUUCUGUUGCUGUUGAGUGAGGGACCCAACCCCCAAGACCACUUUGCUUAUCACAGACUUUUGAAAUAGAAAUAGUAUUUAUCUGUUGAAUUAUUGUUGGCAUCCAUAGUGAGCCAGUUAAUCUGACAUUUAUUUGGGUGCAGAGUGGCCAUUUCAUUUAUCUGUGACUGGACUUUGUUUGAAAUUAUAAAUGGGCUGUCUACACUAUCAAGAUACACAAAAAUAAAGAUGGGUGUUACAGAAAAUAAGUUCAUUUUCCAUUGCUUUUUUUCUGAACAGAUUGGACCUGUUAGAGAGUACAUUGAGAUGCUCUGUGACAAUGAGGAGCUUAAGUUUUUGGUGUUUGCCUACCAUCACGACAUGAUGAAUGGAGUUCAGCAGACAUUGUGGGAGAAGAAGGUUAAAUUUGUCCGUAUUGAUGGAACCACAAAAUCUUUGGACAGACAGGUUCUUGAUUAUAUACAAACAAAACCAUGUUCUCCAUUUCUGUCAAUGAGACGUGAUAAAUGCGUUUGAUAUUUUGAUGUUAAUCUUGUUUAAGGAAGUUCAUAUAAACAUGACUGACAAAAAUACAAAAGUAAUGUUUUUGGCAAAGUAAUAUACAUGGGUUUAUUUCACUUACACUUUCAGGCUUAUGUAACUCAGUUUCAGUCUGAUCCUCAAACUCGUGUGGCCAUAUUGAGUAUCCUUGCUGCUGGAGUGGUGAAUGUCUUUUCAUUAUUUCUUUAUAAAAAAAAAAAUCUUUAAUUUAUUAAUUCUUUGAUUCUUUAUUUUGGUUCCUUGUUGCAUAAGAAUUCGUGUCAUAUUUUAUCUGAAAUUGUAACUAAUGACUAACAGAGUUGAAAUGUUUAGAGGACAGGAAUGUGCUAAAGUUAUUGGUGUUUAUCAAUGCCGGCAUUGAUAACACGUAGUUAAAAAGCUUCUUUAAAAUUUUAGCAGUGAUCUCUAAAAAGUAAUCGGAUUGCAAUGCCAUUCUCUGCAUCUACCAUUUAAACUUAAAGACUUUUUAAAAUGAAUGAAAUUGGAUCGAAAGGCUUUCAUGACCUGUUUAUUCCAGGGUCUGACAUUCACAUCAGCGAAACUUGUUGUUUUUGCUGAGCUGUACUGGACACCAGGUGUGAUGGUGCAGUGUGAAGACAGGGCACAUCGUAUUGGUCAGACCAGCAGUCUACCGGUUCACUAUCUUGUUGCAAGAGGAACGAUGGAUGAGUGGGUGUGGUCAGCGGUGUGUAAAAAGGUAAUGGAACUCCUUCAAAGGGAUGCAGUCAGCAGUGUGUAAGAAGGCAGCAAUGUAAAAUGUAGUUUAAGUGCUAUAAUUAUUAACACACAGUAAAAGUACUCCUUCAUGUGGAUGAAUGAUUGAGGUCAGCAGUGUGUAAGAAGAUAUAAAAAUGUUUAAAUACAAUAAUAUUAUCACACAGUAAUAGACCUCCUUGAUGUGAAACUGGUCACUUAAGUUUUACUUGUUCAGUUCAAGUCAAGUACUCAUUCUUGAGACUUCGACGGAUAACUCAGUUUUGUUCGCCUAUCUUCUGACUGUUAGGGUAAAUGUCUAGUCAAACCAUAGAUCAGUCAAAUGUGCAUCAAAAUCGUCCAUCAUCACAUAUGAUGUCAAUGGUUUUCUAACCGUUUCCUUAUUGAAAAAACAACGGAUGAUUUUAUUGGCUUUUAGCAAAAAUCUUGAAUAAGCUCAAUUAUUUGUAUCGAGAAACUGGAAGGCAUGUUUAGUUUAUUUUCUCCAGUAUACCAUGUUUGAAGUCAUGAAUUUAUUGAGUAAUUAUGUCAUAAAAACAAAACUUAAGACAAAAACAACUCAUUGUAACCAUUCUUAUUAUAUGGUAAUACAAGGAAUUAUUUUAUUGCUGUCUUUUUUUUUUUUCAUUUAUCAUUGUUGGAACUGAUUGUAGCUGGAAAUGACUAUUGUGAACUGAAUGUUGUUAGAAGUGAAUGUUGUUGGAACUGAAUAUUGUUGGAAGUGAAUGUUGUUCAAAGUGAAUAUUGUUGGAACUGAAUGUUGUUGGAAGUGACUCGUUGGAACUGAACGUUGUUGGAAGUGAAUAUUGUUGGAAGUGAAUGUUGUUGGAAGUGACUUGUUGGAACUGAAUAUUGUUGGAAGUGAAUGUUGUUCAAAGUGAAUAUAGUUGGAACUGAAUGUUGUUGGAAGUGACUUGUUGGAACUGAAUGUUGUUGGAACUGAACGUUGUUGGAAGUGACUAUUGUUGGAACUGAAUGUUUUUGGAAGUGACUUUUGUGGAACUGAAUGUUGUUGGAACUGAAUGUUUUUGGAAGUGAAUUUUGUUGGAACUGAAUAUUAUUGGAACUGAAUGUUGUUGGAAAUGACUAUUGUUGGAACUGAAUAUUUUUGGAAGUCAUUGAGUACUGAGUAUUUUUUAUAGGUUUCUGUACUUUGGUCGUUAAAAUUGUAGCUAGACAAAUUCUGUUUUUUUUUAGACAAUUGUUACAAGCACAGCUCUGACUGGACAUUCCAAGAAACUUGACCACGAGGAAGGGGAUAAGUAUCAGAUUGACCUACUAUCUAACGCUGAAGUUUGGCAGCCAAAAGAAGAUAACACCAAUGUUGAUGUUGCUGAUUUAAUGCAAAAACACAGGGUAGGAUAUAGAAAAGUUGCCAUCUGAACUUGAUCAUUACUUCUCUACUCGGCUAAAUUAUUUUAAUUGCAUUUUGUAUUUCCAAAGUUUUUUAAAGAAAAUAACUAGCAUGCGAUAGCUGUUGAAUGUUCUUUUUUGAAUGAGUUUCAUUUGUUUAAAAUCUUUGCACAUUCAUUAUCCAUGACAGUAGAGUUAGUUUGAUGCAUAACAUAAUAUAUUUUCUCUUCAUUGCUAUAUCCUUUUUGAAAUUGUUACGAAGCUCAUUCUUUAACAGCACCUGAAGCAAGCUCUAAAAAUUUACCAUUGUCCGAGAAGGAGAGAUUUGAAAAGUAUAAGAUUUUUACAUUUUUUUGUUCAUAUCCUUUAUCCCAAAAAAGCAAAAGCUAACAAAACAAAUUGAAUAGUUCAAAAUUAUAAAUAAAUAAAUUAAAAUUAGUUUUCAAAUCUUUUAAUAUUUUUAUUGUUUUGUUGGAUUCUCCCCAAAUUAAAUUUUGUUUUUGUAUUUUUCUUUAUUCUUAGCCAGCUGAUCAGAGUUCAAUUUUACAGUUUUUCACAUCACAGAAAACUCCAGAACUGAAACCAUGGAACAGGAAAAGAAAAUUUAUAUCUGGCAAAAUCAGUGAUAAUCUUCUAUCACCUGAAAAUAAACAGGACAUGAGGCUUGUGCCAGAGAACAAAGUUCAAAAAUCAAAUAGAAAUGACUAUAAAAUGUCAGCCUCAAAGAAGGUCAAGUUCACAGAAAUUUUGAUCAGCAGCGAUGAAGAGAGUGAGUUUCAAACCCCUUCAAUCAAAAGGAAGACAACAAAUCUGCUUAACAAACUAAGAUCCAAGACCUCAAGGGACACAGCUGCUCUGAACAAGCAAAGAAUCGUUGAGGAAAAGAGAUUGGAAGAACUAGAUGGAGAAAACGGGAUUAAAAUUAAAGAAAUAUCUUUGUUAAAGAAUCAAGAGGACCAGACUCUGUUCAAAAUAAAUGAUUCCAGCACUUCCACUGUUGUAGAUGAUUCACCUGAGUCAGAUAUAUCAACUUUUGUCAAUAAAGAUGUCCUGGACAUGAAAGAAGUCAAAGAAACUCAAAGACAUGGUCAAGCAGGAUGUUUUAGGCAAAGAAGUGAAGUGGACAAAAAUUCAUUUAACGGUAAUACUGUUUUUUCAACACCUGGAGGACAAAAGCUGAAUAAGCACCCAGAAAUUUCCAAUGGUGACAAUGUCGUGUCUGAGAGUUUAAAAAAUGUUGAUCAAUGGUCCUGCAGCACGUGCACAUUUCAUAACCAUUCAGAGAUGUCCUUGUGUGAGAUGUGUGACACACCCAAGGGAAAAAGUUCUCGCAAGAGAACGCAUCCCAAGUCCACGCCUCAACAGACACUUGGCACUCCUAACAAAGAUAAACAAACAGCAUCCAGACCGUCUCAUCCGUGUGAUCUUGACUUAUCACAUGAUAACAGUUUGUUGUUAGCUUGUGGUAAACCAUCAGAAAACAAGGAGGGCCGGUCUGGUGAUAGGUUAAUGACACAUGUAAAAAAUCCAUCAAAAACAAAGCGUAAACUGGAAAUAAAUGGCCCCAGUCAGUGCCAUGUUACCAGGACAUUGGACCAAGAUGCACAAGUGAGAUGUGAGUCACCAGAUCUGUUUGAUAAUGAUGAGACACCACUUGAUCACAAGACAAAAGGCAAAAAUGAUCUCCCCUCAGACAUCGAAGAAGUGAUUAGCAGUGAGAGCGACAUUGAAGAUCUGUCUGCAAUGCCUCAAUACUGGGAGCAGCCUGUUGUUGACUGCUGCGGUCCAGUUCAGAGUUUAGGACAGGAGAAAGCUCCAACAGAAACAAAAUUAGAAAACGUGGAUACUCUGGGUAAAUCUUGGGAUGUAAAUAAACCUGAGGUAGGACCUGAGGAUCACAGACUGUCAGCCGAACAACUGCAAGAAUCUAUGAAAUUAUUGGCACAAACCUUGUCACUAUUGAUACCAGAGUCUGCAGUGACAGAGGAUGUUGUCAAUGUCUCCAUGACAAGGACAGACCAUGCCGUAGGAGGGACACCACCUUGUACACAGAAAGACAUGAGUGUUCAUAAAGUCUUCCAGUUCAGCUGCAGUUCUUACACUGGUAGAAUAUAUCUAUAUGAUCAGGUAUUUUGUAGAGAUUUCUAAAUAAUCAGGUAUUUGUAGAGUAGAUAUCAAUAAAAAUCAGGUAUGUGUGGAGUAUAUAUCUAUAUAAACAGAUACUCAUAGAGUAUAUAUGUAGAUAUGAUCAAACAAUGGUAGAAUAUAUAUUUUUAUGAUUAGGUGAUUGCAGAAGAUAUCUAUAUGAUAAGACUCUUUUUAUAACUAAAAUUAUUUACUCUGCAGACCUUUCUUUAAAAUCAUUUCAUCUUCAGAUUGUGUUGCUCAAUGAGCUUGUUAUUUCUCUCCUUAUCAAAAGUAAGUUCUAUGAUUUUGUGUAUUUUAUUUUGCCUAGGACGGCAAGUCUCUGGAUAUCAACUUCCACCCCAUUGAUCUAGAAGUGGGGAAUUUCUCAGAGCUACCAGAUCUACUGCGUAUGCCACAACACCAAAAGUUGCUGCAAAAAUUUCUAAAGGAAUGGUCAAGGUCAGUGUAGAAAAACUUUCCUUUUGAAACAGCCGUUUUCAACUGUGUCUUGGGAUGGUCUCAAAAUUAUUAUAUAAAGGGUAAAAGCAAAAUAAAGAUAUUUUUGGGCUUUUAGGGUUAUUCAAGUCAUUUAUUACAUGACACCGUUCCCGGUCUCCGGUUGACUUGUCUGUGGUGGCUUGUCGAUUAGGAGGCGUCGGCAACCAACCCCCUGGACGUUACCCGGGAAACACGACCACUGGGCAGACAAGGGAUGUGCUCGGUACAUGCCGUACAUAAACAGCUCCUACAGGGCUGCCAGUUGUGAUGUUUCUCAACUGGAACAAUAGGCAGUGACAGGGUAGGGAUCAUGAUUACAAGUUGCCGUUAAUGGAUAUGAGGCGAGAGGCGAAGGUGGUAACCUCUGGCCGAUGAUUCUUACUACGCAGCCCUGAGAAGCUGCUCCAAGGCAACCGUUUCGUCCCAGCUGCAUCGCGAAUUAGUUGCGUUGUGGAAACCCACUGUAGAAUCCCUCUUAUAGGGCGUCUAACGCUUCCCCGGGAUGGGUGGGGGAAGAUAUUAGGAUGUAAAAUUUUCCAUCCCGACUCCUGAGAAAGUCGAUCGUGUGCACUGUGCGAAAUAACAUAGUGUCAGACCGACCGGGUGUCUUUGGGUUAGGGCGGCCCCCGGCGGAAACCUGGUCGAGCAGACUCAUGUGGGGGCCGUCCUGACAAAGGGACAUCCCCGACGUGCCACUCAGCGGCCCGAUACCGGGUUGGGGAGGGGUGUUUUGUGGAGGGCAUAAAGAACGCAAGCUCGACGGCCCGCUGACGCCAUUUCUUAAUGUAAUAUAUUACAUGACACAAUGAUGGGGGUAUUCAAGACCAAAUGGCACAUAUACACAGCUAAUUUAACCCUCUAGGGACAACUGCCAGGCCCAGGGUUGAAUGGUGAAAAAGACCGGCAGACAAUUCAUGCCUCGAAAUUGGCUGGCUGGUCUUUGAAACAGCUAAUAAGAUUACUUCUACCAUAUCUUGCUAAUUUUGUCAUUAUAAUGGUGGCUUCCAUUGUAUUUGUUCUGUCAUUUUAUGUCAAAUUUUUUUGGUACCCAGUGACCCCUAAAAUUUAAAAAAAAAUGUGACCUUUAAAUGUUAAAAUGCAUGAUCAGCUCCAAGGGAAUAUUUAUGUAGUUUCCCACACUGCAUCUCAUUCAAAUAAAGAUUAGGACUUAUAUAGGUUUCAAUAAUCAUAAAAAUUAAAACAAAUUAUGCAAGUGUUUAUUAUAAGUGAACAAAAGAAAUUGAAAGCAUAAAUUAUGCAAAUCUGGAUUUCUCAUGUGCAAAAAUGAUGAGAUUUUAUUUUUAUUCAUAAAGAUCUAAUUUAUUUGAAGCAAAAAUGUAUAGUUUUAUAUUUGUGCAAAAUGAUUGACGAGCAUGUAAAAAAGGGCUCCAUUUGCUUGGCUCCGACAUUCCAAAAACGCUCCGCCUCAAAAGGUUUAAUAAUAACUUUCUAAUAAACUCUCCCUCGCUUGAAAAGCCAAUAAUUUUGAAAAAUCCUUUGUAGAAGAAUUUCAGUAAUUAGUUUUAGUGUGACCCAUGAAGAGCCAUAAUCAUGUUGGAUAAUAAAGUUGAACAGCAACGAUAAUCAAUUAUAAUAGCAUACCCAACAUAAGUAUUUAAAGGGCAAAUUAAAUAAUGAAUUAAUAAUAUAUUAUCAUUACAGAAGUUAUGCUGUGGGGUUUAGCUUAUAUGAGAAGCACACAGUUUUGAAAAGUACACAGUUUUGGACUCCAAAUCUAUGUUCUCAAUUAUCACGAACUUGUUUUAGGCAUGGAGACCCUGAUGUACUUGAAUGAGUUAACCUACCAUUCUAGAUACUUGGCUAUACAAUUAUAAGGCUGCACAACUAGAUCUAUGUAGAGAAAAAAAAAUAAUUUUAGGAUUGUGCAAGUGCGCGCACAGGGUCUAUGUAAGGCUCACCGCAUGGCACUAUGUUUAACUCAAGCACUAUAAAAUAUAAUUGUUAGUUGGAUACUGGUGUACACGCUAAGUUUAUUUCGGGCUAUCUCUAUUUUAAAAUUAGCGCAUUUCAGCAUGUGUAACCAGAACAAUAUCAUUAUAGCUGUCAGUUGUGAACACGCUUACGCGUGGGUCUAUAAAAGACAUUGCGCACGGCUGUAUGUCUUACUACAGAGAUAUCAUUGUUAAGGGGUACAUUCAAUGAGCUAGACAAGUGAUUAAAUUAAAACACAACUUAGCAAUGAUCAGUAAUGAACGGGAAUCGCCCAUUACCACAACAUACUAAAAUGUAGUCUACAAAAUAAGGAUAUAAAUGUGUUCUACUUACGAUGCGGGCAGAUGGACCAGUGAAAGGACUAAGGACUACUGUUGCUUGAUCAUCUCUAUCAAUGGUCACUCGCUGUGCAUGAGUGGCCAAACAAGAUGUUAGGCCCCAGCACACAACUCUGUGCUACUUUUAAAUUGGAUGGGUAUUUAUGUGUUACAGCACAGCCUGGGGUCUAGCCACAGCUAUCAAAGUGAUACUCAGAACAUGUUAUCUUAUUACAGCACAGCCUGGGGUCUAGCCACAGCUAUCAAAGUGAUACUCAGAACAUGUUACCUUAUUACUAUUACGUGGCACCUUGGCCCACUUUUUGAAUAUGAAAGAGAAAAAAAUUUAAAUAAAAAUAAUAUCUAAUAAUUUGUAUGAGACAUGAAAUUUAUUUCAAGGAUUCUGCAAUUGUAAAAUUUUGAGUCUUGUCUCUCCACAUGAGGCUGGCAGUUAUUCUUAGCCAUCCAGUGGGAUUCAUUACAGUGACUUGAGCAUAAGUUUUAAUUAUCUCUGUUUGAAUGAUUUACUUCUAGUUUGUGUCCUGGUCUAAGCAAACAAAAUAACAUUCUCCUCACUGAACCAGAUAACAAUCAUUUUAUAAUAUUUUUCAGUCUUUCUGACACUAAGAAACGACUGGUUGCCAAAAGAGGUCUUGUGUUCAUCAGCCCCUUGUCAGCAUUUGAAGAGGUGAAAUCUGUUAGAGGCAGCAAACAGAGGCAUCUUACCAAGGUUUUUACUAUAUGGCUCUUUUUCAAGUUAAUUAGAGUAGAUUUCAGAUCACAUAACAGUUAACUCCCCUUGCCACCUUCAAACAAAGUAUUCUGGCCUACUUCCAUGUUGUCUAACAAAUUUAGUCCAACCACAUAUCUCAAUCACUUACUGAACCCAUCCGCUCCACUGACAAAAUAUAUUUAAUAAGUAUCUUGUUAAAACAGAAAGAAUUUGUUGUUUUUUGUUUUGUUUCUGGAAACAAUUUAGUUCAUGUACAAUAAUACCUUUCUUAAAACAAGUCUUUUUAUUACAUAAUUUUUGUGUGCAAUUCAACAAUUAUUUUCAUGUUGUCACUACUUGGGAAGGAAUAAUAUAUUCAUUUAAAAAAAUAGAACAUGAAAAAUUUAACUAUAAAAAAUUAUCCAGCUUUUGGACCUAAUAGAUGAUAAUAUUAACUUGAAUUUGAUCCCUGUAUAAUUGAAACAUAUGCCAUUGCAACAGUAUGUCAUUGGUUCCAAUUUUAAUGUAGGAUUUCUUGAGAGUGGUGUAAGGCUAAACUAAACUUUUCACACAUUUUAAAAAAUCAAUUUUCACAACAGGAAGACAACAUGAUUUCUGCUCUUGACAGAAUGAGAUCUGUCCAUGGCUCUGUCAGAGUCAUUUCUAAACAUUCCAAAGUUCCAACCAAGCUUAGCCAAGAGCCAACGGACUGUGGAUCAUAUCAGGGUGUGGUACAGGUAAUCCCAGCAUAGAAAGUGCCAUUAUAUGGCAUUUGGUAUCUGUCCUUUGUAAAUUGCAUUGCAGCUAGUAAUACAGUUGAUCAGCUUGAUGCGAAGGUAAAUUACUCUCUGCUCCUUCUUGCGAACUGCUCAUCUGGUUGAUUUAUGAAUGAAUUUUAGCGGCCCCAUCUUUUAUGGAUUGUGUCCUUUUCUCAAAGUGUCAUAUUGUCACCCUCAGCUUCCAAUUGCAUGUUGUCAUUUUUGUGACUGGUUUCUACAUUAACAUUACAGACAAUCACAGAAGCUGGAGUCCCAGUUUGUCUCCAAUGUCAGAGACCCUACACAAACCCACUGCUGUCUGCCGCGACAUUGCGUAACCCUGAGAACGCCUGGCAACUAAGACUUUGUUCAUAUGCCUGUAUGGAUAAAUACUGGGUAAUCAUGAGGGACACAUUUCACUGAUUUGUAAUUAAAGACUUAAAAAGUUACGUCUAACAUCAAACCAGAAUCUAUUCAGAGUAAUUACACAAUAAUCAACUUAAACAUUGAUUAAGUUGUAACACCUUUUGUAACAUAAGACAACAGAAAAAAGGUUUAUACCAUCAAAAAAUGAUGUCUAAGGGCUUUAACUCUCAGUUAAUGAGUACAGUACUGUAAGUGUAAUUAAGGAGAGCGGUAUGUAUGCUAAUUAAUGAAGUCUGUAUGACUACUAAUUAAUUAGGAAAGUGAACUAUGUUUCAAGUAGUUAAUGAGGAUGGUAUGUGUACUAACUAAUGAAGACUUUAUUGCUACUAAUUAAUGAAGAAAGUGAACUAAUCAAUGAGGCUAUAUUUCAAGUAGUUUUUGAGAAUAUAUAUAUAAGAAUGAGCUAAGGUGUCCUUAUAAUGCUAAAAAAACUAAUUGAUUUAAAUACAUUUGGAUUCUUAAAAACAGUGAUAGUGAUUUUCUAUUAUUUUAAGGAAAUUGAAUGAAUUUAAAUAUGUUAAAAAUAAAAUAUAUCUACUUAUAUUGAAAUAACUCAUGCUAAUGUUAUCUUCUCUCCCAGAUACUUACAAAAGCUGGUUACUGCAGGGAUCAGAUCUAUGACAUAGAGCAUGGCAUUUGCAGACUAUGUCACUAUGACACACAUGCCAUUUUUACGCAAAUCAAGUAAGUUACUUUUUAUAUGAAAUCAUUACAUCGAUGUGUUUAUUUCUUCUUGCCCUUUUUGAGUUUUAGCUACAACAUAAUAGUCCAAUUCAGUGAAGUAACUUAUUUGUGUAUGAGUGAUGUCAGAAAUUCGCCACCUUUUUGUAUUGUGAAAUUAAUACGUGAUUAUUUUUGUGACAGAAUUGUGAAAGAUUUUGCAGCCAGGGCAAAACUCGUCAAUGCCAGCCCAUACAAUGUUUUGACAGCCAAGCAAAAGCAAAAAAUGGUUGAGAAUCCACAAGCUGGACAGGUCAGUCAAGUCACAUGGGUCAGAUGGUUUCAAAAUAAGAGGCUUUAGAUUGGUCAAAUAAAUGACUGAAAAACCUGCCUUGACUAAUAAUAUGGGAUGUCUAUCAGAUGAUCAACACACAUGCUAUUAUCUAUUAGUAAAACACACAGGUCACCACUGCAUUGCCAAUUCAGUUUACCAUUUCUUGUUGUUGCCAUCUAGGAAACUUUUUGAUAGCUUUUUGUAAUAAUCACGUUCAUGUCAGGAAAUGAUAUGUUCAGUGCCUUGAUGUAACGUUUAGUUCUUAUUGUAGAUAUGAUUCAAUGCCAACUUAAAGUCCAAUGGAUUUUUGUACAUUCUCUGAAUAUUCAGUGGGGCGGCACAAAUUUCUGUUGCCCAUCCUCAGAGUUAUCACUUCAGAGUAUUGACAUUUAAUGUGACCUGCGGUUGUCUAGACGAGUGGUGCACUACCUUUAAGUCAGGUUGUCAGGGCUUAUAAUUCACAUUGUGAAAUGGGGUCCCCAUCAUUAAAUAAGCUCUCAUUGGAGUUUCACAGAUGAAAAGGUCUGGCCACACGGGUAUAUACUCUCAGUCUUGCUUUAUAUAGUGUAGCUAACGUAUCCAACAUGAUAUUUCAGUUCUGGCAUUUAGAUCACAUCACGCCAGUAUGGCAAGGAGGGGGGCUGUGUGACCUGGACAACAUGAGGACGUUAUGUACUCCAUGCCAUCUCAAGGUCACACGCAAACAGGCAGGUGAGAGGGCAAAUGUCAAGAAGCUCUCAGGUGCAAGUAGAUCUGGUGACAUCACAGCAUUUUUUCAGAGACAUUGAAAUCUCUGGGGCUUUGGACAAAUCAGCGUCUUGUUAAAACAGAGUAAGAAAGAAUUUGUUGUUUUGUUUCUGGGAACAAUUUUGUUCAUGUACAAUAUUACCUUUCUUAAAACAAG